AUGUCAUAUAGACUAAUUCAAUUAAACAGUGGUAACAAGAUUCCAUCAAUUGGUUUAGGAUGCUACGAUAUCCCAAGAACUCAAACAAGCAAAAUUGUCUAUGAAGCAUUGGAUGUGGGAUACCGCCAUUUCGAUACUGCUGUACUCUAUGGCAACGAACAAGAAGUUAUUGAUGGUAUAGCAAAAUACUUGAAAGAUCAUCCUGAAGUUAAACGAUCCGAUGUGUUUUACACCACCAAAUUAUGGAAUAGUCAAUUGGGUACAGCAAACACUGAAAAAGCCAUAGAUUCAAUGAUGCAACAAAUUGGACCAUUGAAAUAUAUCGACUUGCUAUUGAUACAUUCACCAUUGCCUGGUAGAGAAAAGAGAUUGGAAAGUUAUAAAGUCAUGGAACAAGCCUUGAAACAAGGCAAAGUGAAAAACAUCGGUGUGUCAAACUAUGGACAACAUCACAUUGAAGAAAUAUUAAAAGACCCGGAAAUUGAAACACCACCAGCUAUAAAUCAAAUUGAAAUCAGUCCUUGGUGUAUGCGUCAAGAUUUGGCUCUGUGGUGCCUAGCUAAAGACAUUCAUGUCGAAGCUUAUGCACCAUUAACUCAUGGUUACAAGUUGCAAGAAGAUAGUCCUAAUUUCCAAGAAAUUAUGAAGAAGUAUAACAAAUCACCAGCACAAAUCUUGAUCAAAUGGUCGUUACAAAAGGGGUACAUUCCUUUACCUAAGACCAAGACUCCAUCAAGAUUGAAAUCAAAUUUGGAUGUAAAUGAUUUUGAAUUGACUCCAGAAGAAAUGGUGCUAGUUGAUCAACCUGAUGCCUAUGAACCAACUGAUUGGGAAUGUACCAAUGCCCCAUAG